UGUCCCCAAUUCCAUGGAUAAAGAUAAUGAUGGAAACACACCUCUACAUAUUGCAGCCAUAUUCGGACAUGUUGAAGCAGUGAGACACUUGAUCAGUAAGCACAGUGCUGAUAUUGAUUGCACUAAUAAUCGGAACUGUACUCCAUUGAUGGAAGCUGUGCUGAAUGGUUGUGUGUCUGUUUUGGAUACGUUAGCCAAAGAAUUCAACAGCAGUUGUCAUGUACGAGGUUACAAUAGCCGCACUCUCCUUCACUAUGCAUGCAAGGGUGGCCAUAUAGAACUGAUAGACAAACUGGUGAUGGAAUACGACCUUGAUCCCACAGAUAGAGAUGAUGAUGGAAACACACCUCUACAUAUUGCAGCCGUUUUCAGACGUGUUGAAGCAGUGAGACACCUGAUCAGUAAGCACCGUGCUGAUAUUGGUUGCAUUAAUAAUCGGAACUCUACUCCAUUGAUGCUAGCUGUGCUGAAUGGUCGUGUGUCUGUAUUGGAUGCGUUAGUCAAAGAAUUCAACAGCAGUUGUCAUGUACGAGGAGGAUACAAUAGCUCCACUCUCCUUCACUAUGCAUGCGAGGGUGGCCAUAUUGAACUGAUAGACAAACUGGUGUUGGAAUAUGGCCUCGAUCUCACAGAUAGAGAUAAUGAUGGAAACACACCUCUACAUAUUGCAGCCAUAUACGGACAUGUUGAAGCAGUGAGACACUUGAUCAGUAAGCACAGUGCUGAUAUUGAUUGCACUAAUAAUAAGAACUGUACUCCAUUGAUGCUAGCUGUACUGAAUGGUUGUGUGUCUGUAUUGGAUGCGUUAGUCCAAGAAUUCAACAGCAGUUGUCAUGUACGAGGUUAUAAUAGCUCCACUCUCCUUCACUAUGCAUGCGAGGGUGGCCAUAUUGAACUGAUAGACAAACUGGUGAUGGAAUAUGGCCUCGAUCUCGCAGAUAGAGAUAAUGAUGGAAACACACCUCUACAUAUUGCAGCCAUUUCCGGACAUGUUGAAGCAGUGAGACACUUGAUCAGUAAGCACAGUGCUGAUAUUAAUUGCACUGAUAAUCAGAACUCUACUGCAUUGAUGCUGGCUGUGCUGAAAGGUCAUGUGUCUGUUUUGGAUGCGUUAGUCAAAGAAUUCAACAGCAGUUGUCAUGUCCGAGGAAAUCACAAUUAUACUCUCCUUCACUAUGCAUGCAAGGGUGGCCAUAUAGAACUAAUAGACAAACUGGUAAAGGAAUAUGGCCUCAAUCCCGCAGAUAGAGAUAAUAAUAGAAACACACCUCUACAUAUUGCUGCAAAGGCAGGAAUAGUUGAAGCAGUGAGACACUUGAUCAGUAAGCACAGUGCUGAUAUUGAUUGCACUAAUAAUCAGAACUCUACUCCAUCAAUGCUAGCUGUGCUGAAUGGUCAUGUGUCUGUUUUAUAUGUGUUAGUCAAAGAAUUCAACAGCAGUUGUCAUGUACGAGGUUACAAUAGCCGCACUCUCCUUCACUAUGCAUGCCAGGGUGGCCAUAUGGAGCUGAUAGACGAACUGGUGAUGGAAUAUGGCCUCGAUCUCGCAGAUAGAGAUAAUGAUGGAAACACACCUCUACAUAUUGCAGCCAUUUCCGGACACGUUGAAGCAGUGAGACACUUGAUCAGUAAACACAGUGCUGAUAUUGAUUGCACUGAUAAUCAGAACUCUACUGCAUUGAUGCUGGCUGUGCUGAAAGGUCAUGUGUCUGUUUUGGAUGCGUUAGUCAAAGAAUUCAACAGCAGUUGUCAUGUACGAGGUUAUAAUAGCUCCACUCUCCUUCACUAUGCAUGCGAGGGUGGCCAUAUUGAACUGAUAGACAAACUGGUGAUGGAAUAUGGCCUCGAUCUCGCAGAUAGAGAUAAUGAUGGAAACACACCUCUACAUAUUGCAGCCAUUUCCGGACAUGUUGAAGCAGUGAGACACUUGAUCAGUAAGCACAGUGCUGAUAUUAAUUGCACUGAUAAUCAGAACUCUACUGCAUUGAUGCUGGCUGUGCUGAAAGGUCAUGUGUCUGUUUUGGAUGCGUUAGUCAAAGAAUUCAACAGCAGUUGUCAUGUCCGAGGAAAUCACAAUUAUACUCUCCUUCACUAUGCAUGCAAGGGUGGCCAUAUAGAACUAAUAGACAAACUGGUAAAGGAAUAUGGCCUCAAUCCCGCAGAUAGAGAUAAUAAUAGAAACACACCUCUACAUAUUGCUGCAAAGGCAGGAAUAGUUGAAGCAGUGAGACACUUGAUCAGUAAGCACAGUGCUGAUAUUGAUUGCACUAAUAAUCAGAACUCUACUCCAUCAAUGCUAGCUGUGCUGAAUGGUCAUGUGUCUGUUUUAUAUGUGUUAGUCAAAGAAUUCAACAGCAGUUGUCAUGUACGAGGUUACAAUAGCCGCACUCUCCUUCACUAUGCAUGCCAGGGUGGCCAUAUGGAGCUGAUAGACGAACUGGUGAUGGAAUAUGGCCUCGAUCUCGCAGAUAGAGAUAAUGAUGGAAACACACCUCUACAUAUUGCAGCCAUUUCCGGACACGUUGAAGCAGUGAGACACUUGAUCAGUAAACACAGUGCUGAUAUUGAUUGCACUGAUAAUCAGAACUCUACUGCAUUGAUGCUGGCUGUGCUGAAAGGUCAUGUGUCUGUUUUGGAUGCGUUAGUCAAAGAAUUCAACAGCAGUUGUCAUGUACGAGGUUACAAUAGCCAUACUCUCCUUCACUAUGCAUGCAAGGGUGGCCAUAUAGAGCUGAUAGACAAACUGGUAAAGGAAUAUGGCCUCAAUCCCGCAGAUAGAGAUAAUGAUGGAAACACACCUCUACAUAUUGCUGCAAAGGCAGGAAUAGUUGAAGCAGUGAGACACCUGAUCCAUAAGCACCGUGCUGAUAUUGAUUGCAUCAAUAAUCGGAACUCUACUCCAUUGAUGCUAGCUGUGCUGAAUGGUCACGUGUCGGUUUUGGAUGCGUUAGCCAAAGAAUUUAACAGCAGUUGUCAUGUACGAGGUUACAAUAGCCGCACUCUCCUUCACUACGCAUGCGAUGGUGGCCAUAUACAACUAAUAGACAAACUGGUGAUAGAAUAUGGCCUCGAUCCCGCAGAUAGAGAUGAUGAUGGAGACACACCUCUACAUAUUGCUGCUGCUAAAGGACAUAUUAAAACAGUAGAACAACUGAUCAGUAAGCAUAGUGCUGAUAUUGAUAUCACCAAUAAUAGCAACAACACUCCAUUGAUGCUGGCUGCACUGAAUGAUCACAUGAUUGUUUUGGAUGUGCUAGUUGAAAAUUACCACAGAAGUCGUCACAUCCGAGGUUAUACUCUCCUUCACGCUGCGAGCGAUCGUGGCUAUAUAAAAGUGAUAGACAAACUGGUGAUGGAAUAUGGCCUCGAUCUCGGAGAUAAAGAUGAUGAUGGAAACACACCUCUACAUAUUGCAGCCAUGAAAGCACAUGUUGAAACUGUGAGACACUUGAUCAGUAAGCACAGUGCUGAUAUUGAUUGCACUAAUAAUAAGAACUGUACUCCAUUGAUGCUAGCUGUGCUGAAUGGUUGUGUGUCUGUAUUGGAUGCGUUAGUCCAAGAAUUCAACAGCAGUUGUCAUGUACGAGGUUACAAUAGCUCCACUCUCCUUCACUAUGCAUGCGAGGGUGGCCAUAUUGAACUGAUAGACAAACUGGUGAUGGAAUAUGGCCUCGAUCCCACAGAUAGAGAUGAUGAUGGAAACACAUCUCCACAUAUUGCAGCUAUUUUCGGACAUGUUGAAGCAGUGAGACACUUGAUCAGUAAGCACCGUGCUGAUAUUGAUUGCAUUAAUAAUCGGAACUCUACUCUAUUGAUGCUAGCUGUGCUGAAUGGUCGUGUGUCUGUAUUGGAUGCGUUAGUCAAAGAAUUCAACAGCAGUUGUCAUGUACGAGGAGGAUACAAUAGCCGCACUCUCCUUCACUAUGCAUGCGAGGGUGGCCAUAUAGAACUGAUAGACAAACUAGUGAUAGAAUAUGGCCUCGAUCCCACAGAUAGAGAUGAUGAUGGAAACACACCUCUACAUAUUGCAGCCAUUUUCGGACAUGUUGAAGCAGUGAGACACCUGAUCAGUAAGCACCGUGCUGAUAUUGAUUGCAUUAAUAAUCGGAACUCUACUCCAUUGAUGCUAGCUGUGCUGAAUGGUCGUGUGUCUGUAUUGGAUGCGUUAGUCAAAGAAUUCAACAGCAGUUGUCAUGUACAAGGAGGAUACAAUAGCUCCACUCUCCUUCACUAUGCAUGCGAGGGUAGCCAUAUUGAACUGAUAGACAAACUGGUGUUGGAAUAUGGCCUCGAUCUCACAGAUAGAGAUAAUGAUGGAAACACACCUCUACAUAUUGCUGCAAAGGCAGGAAUAGUUGAAGCAGUGAGACACCUGAUCCAUAAGCACCGUGCUGAUAUUGAUUGCAUUAAUAAUCGGAACUCUACUCCAUUGAUGCUAGCUGUGCUGAAUGGUCACGUGUCGGUUUUGGAUGCGUUAGCCAAAGAAUUUAACAGCAGUUGUCAUGUACGAGGUUACAAUAGCCGCACUCUCCUUCACUACGCAUGCGAUGGUGGCCAUAUAGAACUAAUAGACAAACUGGUGAUAGAAUAUGGCCUCGAUCCCGCAGAUAGAGAUGAUGAUGGAGACACACCUCUACAUAUUGCAGCUGCUAAAGGACAUAUUAAAACAGUAGAACAACUGAUCAGUAAGCAUAGUGCUGAUAUUGAUAUCACCAAUAAUAGCAACAACACUCCAUUGAUGCUGGCUGCACUGAAUGAUCACAUGAUUGUUUUGGAUGUGCUAGUCGAAAAUUACCACAGAAGUCGUCACAUCCGAGGUUAUACUCUCCUUCAUGCUGCGAGCGAUCGUGGCUAUAUAAAAGUGAUAGACAAACUGGUGAUGGAAUAUGGCCUCGAUCUCGGAGAUAAAGAUGAUGAUGGAAACACACCUCUACAUAUUGCAGCCAUGAAAGCACAUGUUGAAACUGUGAGACACUUGAUUACUCAGCACAAAGUUGAAACCAAUAUCAUUAACAAUAUUAACUCUACUCCAUUGUGUUUAGCUGCUGAACGAGGUCAUGAUAUUGUGAUACAUGCCCUGAUUAAAUUGAAUUGCAACCCACAUGUCAGAGGCUACAACGGUCAAACUUUGCUUCAUUAUGCUUGCCAGAAUGGUCAUAUAGAAACUUUAAACAAUUUAAUAUCAGAAUAUAAAGUUGAUCCAACAAUUAGAGACAACGAUGGGAACACACCUCUUCAUAUUUUGUGUCAUACCCCGCAUACUGAAGAAGAGAAGCUGAGAAAAAUCCUUUGCGAUUAUCAGCACUGGACAGUGUUUCAAGUUGAUAAUGAUGGCAACACACCUCUUCACACAGCAACUCUCUUUGAACAAGCUCACUGUGCACGCUUACUAUUACAGAAGUACAAUGCUCCACUAUUUGUGCGAAAUAAAUAUGGAAAGACCGCCCUAGAUUUAGCUAAAGCUCAGAGAAGCCAUGAAAUUGUUACAAUUUUCAAGAAUCAUAAUUCUGAGAUCCAGUCAAUCUACCGGCAACUAUAUAAACUUGCUAAACAAGAGUUUGGUGGUGAAAAGAACCUCACCAGAAUAUUCGUUGUAGGUCAUCCAGGUGCAGGGAAAUCCACGCUUGUUGAGACUAUCAAAAAGGAAAAUUUGAUCAGCUAUUUUAGCACAUCAACUGUUGCCCCUCACACUGCAGGCAUUGUUCCAAGUACUUAUGACAGUAGUGCUUAUGGAAGAAUGAUACUCUACGAUUUUGCUGGUGAUUCCGAGUACUACUCCUCACAUGCUGCAAUUAUGGAGUCAAUCAACACAUCGAAUGGAAGUAAUAUAUAUUUGAUAAUUUGUGAUUUGAGUAAAGGUGAAGAAGCUGCUGGCACUAAAUACAGCUACUGGCUUUCAUUUCUAUCAUACAAUAUUAAGCAAUUCUCAAACACAGUUAUUUUACCAGUGGGAAGCCAUGCUGAUGUCGUUAAAAAAGCAUCAGUUAAACAAGUGUUAUGUGUGCUUGACAGCAUAUCACAAAAGUUCUGUAGUAGCUCCAAGAUUGAUGAUUUACAUAUAGAUCGGAGUGUUGCUCUUGAUUGUCGUAAACGAGGAGCUGUAGUGAAUGAAAUAAAGGAACUUACUAAGAGAUUCUCCAUAGUAGUAUCCCCCAUUGGACUUUCCCCGGAGACAAGCACUCUCUUGGGAUUGUUGAAGAAAGACUUUGAACACGUUCCAGCUUGCAAAGUUAGCCUCCUUAUCUCUCACAUUGAAGAGACUGGAAUUCCGUUACCACUAAAUUCUUCAUCACUAUACCCUCUCAUAAGAGAGUUACAUGAUUUAGGUCUGCUAAUGGUGAUAGAGAGAGAAGGAGACUCCAUUGAGAACCACAUAAUCAUACUAAAGAUAUCAACAUUCACAUCGGACGUCCACAGUAAACUGUUUUCGAAGUCUGCUAAAGCGGACCUCACCAAGCACAUCGAUCAACUCAAGCUCAGCGUAGGCAUUAUUCCAGAUUCACUACUGGAGAGAGUACUGCCAGAGUACAUAACCAAAGAAAGUCUACUUAAGCUGCAGUACUGUCAAGAAAUUGUGAAUUUGAAUGUGGAAGAGGACCACACUCUUUCUCAAGAAACUCCUGGAACAGUACCAACAGAUAGUGCCACUAAAGAGAAAUCUCAUCUAUUUUUCCCUGCUCUGUGUGAUCUCAAGCUCGAGGAAAUUCAAUGGCCAAAAUCCGAAGGUGAUAAGAUUACUUUGGGAUGGUAUGCUGAAUGUGAUGGUAACAGAUUUAAUUUCUUCCCAACACGAUUUCUUCACGUGCUUAUCGUUCACCUCUCUCACAACUUUGCAUUAAAACAAAGCCUGCCCACAAGUCACAGACUCUCUACUACAGCUUCCGAUUCUUUGAUUACGGAGGUACAUGCUGCCAAUCCUCGCUGUCGUGUCUGGUCGACUGGUCUUCAUUGGCUUAUGAAAAACGGAGUGGAGGUAUUUGUCGAUAUGCCUAAAGACGCUGAUAGUAAAGAGCUGAUCGUACUAGCAAGGAGUGACAUUAAAAAUCGAGUCGAAUGUUCCAGCACUCUGCAAGUAGUUAUUCAGAAGGUAGUCAAAGCAAAAGUUGAGUUCUGUGCUGGAAUAGUGCCUACCGUUUCUCUUCUUGAUCCGAGCAACCUCAAGGAUGAACCUUUUACAAAUGCUAGAAAUGCAGUUAAAUACGCUCUUAGAGAUAUUGAAGAAGCAUUAGCAGAAGGCACUGAGCGAGUCAUGGAUAAAGAAGGACAAUGCUUCUCCACUCCAAUCAAUGAUUGGAUUAACCCAACAAGAUGGUCCAUAUCUUACUGGAAUUGGUUGUUUCCGAUGGAUACCUUCUUGGUUCACUCUGCUUUGCAAGGAGUAAAUGGUGCUCAAUGGAAACUGCUGGGAAUGAAUCUUUCGAUCCCCUGGAACAGAUUAGAUGCCAUUGAAAACGAAACAUCCUUCCCUGGUGACGUUGCUAAGAAAGAGGAAGUAAUUCGACUGUGGAUGUCUCAAGAACCCACCUGGAAAAUGUUGGUAGAGGCUCUCAGUCAACCUACAAUUGGAUUGUCCCAGAAAGCAAGUCAAAUCUCACAAGAGCAUAAUGUGCCUCUACAAGAGAAAAUUCUUGAAAGCAAUUCAUCCGUCUGCCCCGGCGAGGACGUUCUCCAAUCGCUUGCUGCUAUCAUUGAUUCUCGAUGGCAGUGUCUUGCUUCUCCCCUCUCCCUCACUUCUGAAGACAUUGUGAGCAUUAAGGCAGAGAUAAGAGGAGCAGAGCCGACCAGACAAGCACUCGUCAUGCUGCAGAAGUGGGCAGCCAGGGAGACGGCAACUUAUGGUCAGUUAAGAGAGAAGCUCCGUACUCUCCGUAUACUCUCAGUGUUUCAUAUCUGAGAAAGUUUAGUAUCAUGCAUCACAGCACAAAUUUAUAUCUAUACAGCUACAUUCAAUUGCACCUACUAUAGCUCUUUAACGAACCGUGUUUGUGUCACUGAACUUCAGAAGUCAUGCCUUGCCACUUAGCAACAAUACUAUAAUUAUACUACUCUACUUUAAAUUAUCAUUUCAUGCACCACCUUUCAUCCUUCAAGAUUAGUACCUUUCUGUUAACCGUUAUACGUACUGGUAUUUUAACGUUGUCAAUUGUUAUUGUUCGAUGUAGAAUUUCGAUCAAUUUGCACUUAGUCUAGUUCUAUAAUUAUAGCUUUAGCUAAUUAUGUUGUCCAAUGUCAUGAAUGUUAUAGCGAUUAUGGAAAUUCCUGUACAUGUACAUUUUAUUUUUUAUAUACUUCUGCAUAAUGCAAGUCUUUGUACACGAGUAGCAUAGUUAAUUAUAAGC